CCAACGUCAAGUCGGGAAUUUGGUUUAUAAAUCCAGUUGAAGUUUUAGAAAUGACGGAGUAUUUUCACUCGAUAUUUAAUCUAAGAAUCGGAUGGUUUAUUCUAGUCGUCAUUAAUUUCAUUUUUGGGAUUUGUGGAAUAGUCACCUGUACAUUAAAACUAAAGCAUGGAAGUGAACAAGCACGAGAUGAUUUUUUCAAACUUUCGAUAGUGUUUGCAACUUGUAAUCUGAUCUUGAGUGUGUUGCUACUAGUGUCAGUAAUUAAGAAUAACCAAAAAUAUGCAUUUCUGUGUGCUUUUUUGAGCUUUUUGAGUUUGUUUUCGGCAGUGAUUCAUGUCGAAAUUGGGACGACUUCUAAUGUUACAUUUAUCAUCGUUUUUGUAAUUGUUGGAGCUUUGUUUUUAUUUUGGUUUUGCAUCUAUGCGUCCUAUCAAGUUCUUUACCAACGCAAACAAGAAAUGGAACAAGCUUACAUGUCCCCUAUUUGAAUAUUUGAGAAACGUGAGUCUAUAAUGAAGAAUUCUGGUUAUAUGUAAAUGUGAAAACAGGAAGGAGAAAAACUGGAUGAAAGUACCUGAAAUGAAACUGAAAUAAAAAUUUACUUACCUGUGUUGUUACUUCAUUAUUUCACAACAUUAUUAAAAGUAGUAUUAUUUAAUAAAAUGUAUUUGUUUCAACGUCACAAUAAAUAUAAAAAUUACA